UGGAGCUACAAUCACUAUUUUGCAUUUUAACGAUGUUUACGAAAUAGAGGCAAGAUCAGAUGAACCAGUUGGUGGAGCUGCAAGGAAACCAUGAGUUUGAUUUUGGCGUUGAUAGGCUCGAAGAAGUGAGGACACAAAUGAACUUCCCUUGGUUUCUCAGCAAUGUCUAUGAUAAAUUCACUUCACAGACUUUGGGUCAUGGCAUCGAAAGCGGCAUCAUUGAAUGGAACGGGCUCCGAAUUGGCGUCAUGGGGCUAGUUGAGGAAGAGUGGCUGGACACUUUGGGUACCAUAGACAAGGCCAACAUCGAUUUCAUUGACUGCGUUGUGGCUGCUGAUCGUCUAUCCAAAAAGCUCAGAGAGAGCGGAGCUGAGCUGAUCAUUGCUCUCACUCACAUGAGAUGGUCCAAUGAUAUACGGCUGGCCACAGAGGCCAAAGGGCUGGACCUCAUACUUGGAGGCCAUGAUCAUGAGUAUGGGGUUCGAGAAGUGAGUGGGAUCUGGAUAGUGAAGAGCGGAUCUGAUUUCAGACAUUUGUCAAGAGUUGACAUCAAGAGGAAGGCUGACCUGACUUACGAGUACAGUGUUGAUAGAAUAGAUAUUACAAGUGUUAUAGAGGAAGACCAAAAUGUCAAAGGCAUUGUGGACACAUAUAAUGAUAACAUACAGCACAUGCUCGAGGAUGUGCUCUGCCACACUGAUGUGGAGUUAGAUGGCCGGUGUGCAACAGUUCGAUACAGAGAAUGCAGCCUUGGCAAUCUGAUCACCAACGCCAUGCUGGAGGCCACCCAUGCAGAGGUGGCAUUGUUGAAUUCAGGAACUCUGCGUUCUGACCGCCUGCACCCUGCCGGUAAACUGACUAUGCGUGACCUGCUGCAGAUUCUGCCCAUGAAGGAUCUGGUUCUGGUGGUGGAAGCCACUGGGCAGCAACUUUAUGAGUGCCUGGAAAAUGCAGUCAGCAGAUACCCUGCCCUGGAUGGGAGGUUUCUGCAAGUUGCUGGGAUACAGUUUGGCUUUGAUCCCAAUCGCCAGCCUGGAUGCAGGGUUAUUGCCGGAAGUAUAAGGAUACAAGGUCGCAAUCUAGAACGAGACAAAACAUAUCUAGUUGCGAUGAAGGAAUAUCUAACAAAGGGAAAAGAUGGCUAUUCCAUGUUUACACACUGUCCGCAGAAGUGUGACUUAGAAACCGCUCAGGUCCUCUCUACAAUCGUCAUCAAUCAUUUCGAGUCUGGGAACAUCGUUCAAGGCCUCAAGGCCUGCAAGUCUGGCCAUCGUAUGGGCCUCAUCAAAGUGAACAGUAUCCCCUCAGUCACAGCCAUUGAGCGCAGCGCUGACGUGCCUGUGGCCAUGGUGCCUGGGGUGGAGGGCAGGAUAUUUCACAUCCACACCGAGAGUCAGUCAGAAUAAUUCUGAUGUGGAGGACACUAGCCGUGUGUAUACUGUAGACAUAGCCAGCAGCACAUGCACCGCUGGGCAAGACAAUGCUCAUUAUUUCUGUCAUAGCUGUA